AUGUUUACCCGAGUUUUUGGAAAACAUAAAAAACAAUCAAGUACUGUAACCACCGUAAACAAGUUAAAUGAGACACUUGAUAUGCUUGAGAAAAAGGAGAAUGUUCUCGUUAAAAAGGCUGCAGCAGAAGUUGAAAAAGCCAAAGAAUUCACUAAAGCAAAGAAUAAAAGAGCGGCAAUACAAUGUUUGAAGAGGAAGAAGCUAUAUGAAGAGCAAAUAGAGCAGCUUGGGAAUUUUCAAUUGCGUAUUCAUGAUCAGAUGAUAAUGUUGGAAGGAGCCAAAGCAACUACAGAAACAAUCGAUGCUUUGAGAACUGGAGCAUCUGCUAUGAAGGCAAUGCAAAAAGAAACUAAUAUUAAUGAUGUUGACAAAACCAUGGAUGAGAUAAACGAACAAACAGAGAACAUGAAACAGAUUCAGGAAACAUUGUCAGCUCCAAUUGGUGCAGCUGCGGACUUUGACGAGGAUGAAUUGGAAGCAGAACUUGAAGAGCUAGAGGGUGCCGAGUUGGAAGAACAGCUUCUUAAGCCUGCAACUACAGCUCCAGCAGCACAAGUACAUGUCCAAGCUGGGCGGCAACCUACUCGGCUGGCGCAUGCUAAGCCCACUCCGGAGGAGGAUGAAUUGGCAGCUUUGCAGGCUGAGAUGACACUUUGA